UCCUCAAGUGUCCUGUCUGUUAAGAAAAGACAAGUUACUGAGAACACUCCACAGUGGAAUCCAUACUAGUAACAUUUCCCUUAAUUUUCUGGCGAGACUGGUGUCUUGAGUAACAUGUAACCUGGAGUAAAUCAACAACGAAUAAACUUUAUCAUAAUUUGGCUUUGUUGCCUUGACUGACAAUAUGCAGUGACAGUGUUAUGCAAAGAUAAAAAUCCUUUGUCUUCUCGUGCUCUGAUGGAGUGUUUUUUUUUUGUUUUUUUGUUGUUGUUUUGUUUUUUAUAAGUGAUGCUGUUUCCAUAAAAAGACAGUUAUUUCUUCAAACGAGUGCUUCUAAUGCGGAUCCGGCGGUGAGCCACCAGCUCCUAAGCAUGUCAAUGCGGCCAACCUGUUAGUUAUAAAACGUGUCUAAGCUAUUGUCUUCCUCCUCCUCCAUGCAAGGAUGCCCACAUUUGCUUUGCAGCAGUCGGUGAAAGCCCGGAUGUUGUUGCCCCAUUAGCAAUUUUCUCUGGAGUCCAUCCCCUUCCGUGUCUGAAAGACUGACUGACGCAAAUGUACGAGGGGAUCCAAUGAACGUCGCAAAAUACUCUAAUCAGAUUCUUAUUUAAUACUAAAAACAACGACGUUGCAACGAAAAAAGAAACAGCAUUACGUAAUCAUCUGACGAUCAGCACGAAGGAUUUGCAGGAAUGUCUGAAGGUAUUGUUGAGGUGGAAGCUCUAGAGGUUCAGCCAGAUGAUCCUCAAAAGGAUAAUGAGGAAGCUGAGGCUGAAUUAUCUCACGAGGCUAUAGAGGGAUCUGAAGCUGAUGUACCUCAAAAGGAUAAUAAGGAUGCCGAGUAUGCUGAGGCUGACUCAAAGGAGACCAAAAUGGCCCAGGAAUCCCCAAGAAACACAGCCGCUGAAAUCUCAGUGACCAGUAACGGAGAUUCAGACGACACAUGUGAAGAUAUUUUCCCAAUGGACCUGAAACAUGGUAUGUCUGCAGGACUGAAUUUGUCUGAAACCCACAUCUCUUCAAGUAACUAUGGGGCCACGACAGAGGGAAUCAUAGAAGCAGGGCCAUAUAAAGGAUCUUCAGGUCAGCCCAUGUCACCUGUUGUGUCUCCCAGCAGCGCUGCAGCUAGCAGAUUGGCCAGACCAGACAACAAUUUUCUUAGUCCGAAAGACAUGAUGAAAGUUGAACCUAUGAGUGGACCAGUAGUUCUUUCAGAUGACCUUAAGAAUCCUGCAAUGGAGAAGCUAGAGCUUGUGAGAAAAUGGAGUAUCAACACAUACAAAUGCACAAGACAGAUCCUGUCGGAGAGGUUGGGGCGAGGUUCUAGAACUGUGGACUUGGAGCUGGAGGCCCAGAUAGAAAUUCUGCGCGACAACAAGAGGAAGUACGAGUAUGUGGUGAAACUGGCACAGACACUGGGAUCACAGCUCUACCAGAUGGUGCAGACCCAGAGGCAGCUCGGAGAUGCUUUUGCAGACCUCAGUUUAAAAUCGCUCGAGCUCCACGAGGAGUUUGGCUUCAAUGCAGAGACCCAAAAACUUCUGUCCAAAAAUGGUGAGACGCUUCUGGGGGCCAUUAACUUUUUCAUUUGUAGUGUGAAGACCUUGGUAGACAAAACCAUUGAAGAUACCAUGGUCAACAUCAAACAGUAUGAAAAUGCCAGAAUAGAGUAUGAUGCAUACCGUACAGAUUUGGAGGAGCUUAAUCUUGGACCUCGGGAUGCCACUACAAUUCCAAAGAUUGAACAAUCCCAGUGUGCAUUCCAGGCAUACAGAGAGAAAUAUGAAAAAAUGCGCAAUGAUGUUUCUAUUAAACUGAAAUUUCUGGAAGAAAACAAGGUAAAAGUAUUGCACAAUCAGCUGGUUCUCUUCCAUAAUGCUAUUGCAGCUUACUACGCGGGGAACCAGAAGCAGCUUGAACAGACCCUCAAACAGUUCCACAUCAAGUUGAAAACUCCUGGAGCAGACAACCCAUCCUGGCUAGAAGAGCAAUAAUCACACUAGAAACCACAUUGAUGACCAGCUAAUCUAUUGAUCAGAUCAGUAAAGAUAGAGGGGGAGGGUAGGCUUUGAAAAUGUAGGGAUGGGAGGGAUAAUUUAACAAAAAAAAAAAUACAUGUUUUUCCUUUUUUUCUUCUCUGUUUUUUUUUUUUUUUUAGAAUCGU